AUGCGAGCUCCGUCGUACAACCACCACGUCACGGACUAUUCCAAGCUCUCGGGAAUCAUAAUCCCUGGCUUGGCCUCCACGCAGCUUCGCGCUUGGUCGAUCCUCGACUGCCCUUACUCUCCUCUCGAUUUCAACCCUCUCGAUUUGGUCUGGCUCGACACCACCAAACUUCUCUCUGCUGUGAACUGUUGGCUCAAAUGCAUGCUUCUGGACCCGUACAACCAAACAGAUCACCCUGAGUGCAAGUCACGGCCCGAUAGCGGUCUUUCGGCGAUCACGGAACUCGAUCCUGGCUACAUUACUGGUCCUCUCUCUUCGGUAUGGAAAGAAUGGGUGAAAUGGUGUAUCGAAUUCGGUAUUGAGGCGAAUGCUAUCAUUGCUGUGCCAUAUGACUGGAGGCUGUCACCGUCUAUGCUUGAGGAGCGAGACCUUUACUUUCACAAGCUAAAAUUGACAUUUGAAACGGCACUAAAACUUCGUGGAGGCCCCUCAGUAGUGUUUGCCCAUUCACUGGGUAAUCAUGUCUUCCGCUACUUUCUGGAGUGGUUGAAGCAGGAAAUUGCACCGAAACAUUAUAUCCAAUGGCUGGAUGAACACAUUCAUGCCUAUUUUGCCGUUGGAGCUCCACUUCUUGGUGCAAUCGAGACAGUCAAAGGAACACUUUCUGGAUUAACAUUUGGCCUUCCUAUUUCUGAGGGGACAGCUCGAUUGAUGGUCAAUUCAUUUGCAUCUUCGUUAUGGAUGAUGCCAUUUUCAAAGUACUGUAGGGCAGAGAAUACAUACUGGAAACAUUUCUCUGGGGGAAACAUGGACAAGAGGGGUCAUAACAUGUAUCACUGUGAUGAGCGGGAAUUUCAGUUAAACUUUUCUGGAUGGCCAACAAAUAUUAUCAAUAUUGAAAUUCCUUCAAUCCGUGGAUUUGGAGCCUAUCCAUCGGUUACUGAAAUAGCUGAGGCUAACUUGUCUAGCAUAGAAUGUGGACUCCCUACCCAAUUGUCUUUCUCUGCUCGCGAAAUAUCAGAUGGGACCUUUUUCAAAGCAAUAGAGGAUUAUGACCCGGACAUCAAGAGGAUUUUGCACCAAUUAAAGACGUUAUAUCAUGAUGAUCCAGUUUUAAAUCCACUUUCACCAUGGGACAGGCCGCCUCUGAAAAAUAUCUUUUGUAUCUAUGGAACGGACUUGAAAACUGAGGUUGGUUACUAUUUUGCACCGAGUGGCAAGCCCUACCCUGAUAAUUGGAUCAUUACCGAUGUGAUUUAUGAGAUUGAAGGUUCCUUGUUCUCAAGGUCAGGAAAUCUUGUUGAAGGAAAUCCAGGAGCUUCAAGUGGGGAUGAGACUGUACCGUACCAUUCUCUUUCUUGGUGCAAGAACUGGCUUGGACCAAAAGUCAACAUAACUAGGGCUCCUCAGUCAGAGCAUGAUGGUUCUGAUGUACAAGUGGAAUUGAAUGUGGAACAUCAUCAUGAAGAAGAUAUUUUGCCCAACAUGACAAGGUUGCCAAGGGUCAAGUACAUAACUUACUAUGAAGAUUCUGAAAGUAUACCAGGAAAAAGGACAGCAGUCUGGGAGAUAGAUAAAGCGAAUCAUAGGAACAUUGUUAGAUCCCCAGUUCUAAUGAGAGAGUUGUGGCUUCAAAUGUGGCAUGAUAUCCAUCCCGAUGCAACAUCAAAAUUUGUUACUAAAGCCAAGCGUGGACCUCUGAGGGAUGAGGACUGUUAUUGGGAUUAUGGAAAAGCUCGAUGUGCAUGGGCUGAAUACUGUGAAUACAGAUACCUUUUCGGAGAUGUUCAUUUAGGACAGAGCUGUAGGUUGAAGAAUUCUUCAGCAAAUCUUCUUUCGCAUUAUUUAUAGAUUAGGAGGUCCCUUGCUGAUAUUUGAGAUAGUUGGAGGCACAGACCAUUCACAUAACUUUAGCAGUUACUGCAAAUUCCCUUUCGUAUCAAGCAGAAUCGGGACAGCAUCUCGGAUCUUCAGAAUGCUUGAUGAUUUUGUUGAUGGUAGAACUCUAACUUGGUGCCUCAGCCUUGUCUUUGCUCGAUUUUGCCACUGGAAGACACUUCUAGCCCUGAUUAGCCUUCCCAAACUCUGUCAAGCUGUAGCUUAUUAUUUUCUUGUAGCUUUUCGAUGCACCACCAAAGUAUUUUGCAUAUGCAUUGUUAACAUGGCCUGCUAUCAGAUUCUUUCCAAUAAGUGUAUUUUAUUUACUUAAGAAGUAUAGCUUGUAAAGGCUUUAGUGCCGCAAACGGAUAAAAGAUGCAUUCAACUACACGGUCUAUAUAUUCAAGAUUCACUGAAAUAUGUCCUC